UUCCAUGCUAAUUAAGCAACAUCCUCUUACUUAUAUCUGUAUAUAUUACAUUUUCACCGUAGAAGAAACACCAUUAACAUCAAUUGAUUCAAGUUUAUAGCUCUUACAAAGAGAAAAAAAAUGAAGAAAGCUACGGCAUUGAUGAAACAGAUCGUUGCGUUGUUGAGCUCCAUGGCAAAAGCUAAAUCUAUAGCCAUAAAGGACAAAACAAGUGCCUUCAAAACACGACUCCUCAUGUUGUCCCUCGUCAAACACAAGAAGCUCGGGUUCCGUUCACUUUCCAACAAGAUCCACAACCUCCUAGGGCAUGCAGAUCAAGACCACGACCAAGACGAAUGUAAGGCUAUAGUCCUCUACAAUAGCGGGGAAUCUACAGUGGCUCAUCAUGAGAGUUACGACGUACAAGAGGAGGAGAACGACAAGUAUCCUGAUCUGAGGCACACGUUGUUUGAAGGAGAUGAGGAUUUUGAGGACUUGGAGGAAGGUCAAGGAAGUUCUGUGAUAGAUAUGGUGAGAAACUCUAAGGAGGAAGAAGGAGAGAGUUUCAAGCUAGAAGAUGAGAUCGACCAUGUCGCAGAUCUCUUCAUUUCAAGGUUUCAUAAGCAGAUGAAGCUUCAAAAACUCUUGUCCUUCAAGAGGUAUCAAGAAAUGCUAGCCCGAGGCACCUAAAUUCAUAUCCAUAUUUAUACUGCUGGCGAUAGAUAUGAAGGAUAGAUUCAUAUUUAUGAUCUUUGCAAACGUAACGUUCAUAUUUUGUGUUGUCGAUCACAAAUCCUUCGAGCCUCUUAUUUUCUAGGAUCAUAUAUUAUGAUCACCUCAAUGUGUCCUCAUUAUCAAC